AUGACUUCGUGUACCACAAGACCACCCAUAACAUUAUUCAUAUCAAAGAAAAAUAUUUUAACAAUAUAUGUGGAAGAUGAAGAUAAAGGAAUAUUGGUAAAAAAAAUAAAUGGAAUAUCAGAAAUAGAUUUAAAAAAUUGUUGUACAGACUGGCAAGUAGGAAACAUGGGUAUGAACAUGCAUAAAAAAUCACAUGAUAAUACUUUCACACCUGAUAAGAUAGUCAUACAAGAUAAGAAAAGAAAAAAUGACGUUUAUGAUGAAUUAGAAGAAAAUGAAAAGAAGAAAAUAUUUCAAGAUUUAAAUUUUAAAUUGUCCCCAUCUGAAAAAUUAAUGGUCCAAGAAGUUCUCGAUGGAAUAGAUUUAGAGGAUUUUGACUUUUCUUAA